AUGCCACCAGAUUACAAUGACGACCGGGACCUCCCGCACAAAUCUCCUUCAAGAAAUAUCCAGACUCAAGAUCAAGACACACUGGGUCCGGCACCUCCGGUGACCCCACGCACACAUCGAGUCUCAUCUUUUACCACUCCCACAACAGGUCCUCCUCCCCGUACCUCUACCUCGCGUACUGGGUCUCGCACAGCUUCUCGGACAGGCAUUCAUACUAGCGGUGGCGGGCAAUCGUCACGCAGAAGACCCUCUGCAGCCGAAUACGAAGCAUACUAUUUUGGUACCUCGUCUCCGGCACAUGUUCGUCACUUUUCAGCCGCCCAUGCGCUUCCUCAGUUUCGCAACAGACUUGCAGCCUUAUCACUGACGGCCAGCGGACACGAGACACGGUUUUUAGGCACACGUGGGGCUGACAGUAGUUCUAGUGGUGACCGGCUACAGGAUCGACCAGGAAUGGUUGCCGGUGGCGCGGGGUCGGGGUCAGGGUUAGGAAAGGGACUGGAAUACGGUGAUACCCAAAAUAAACCAGCACCAAUUGCUCCUACAAACUUUGUUGUAUUUGACAUUGGCAACCGCUCAAUUCGUGCAGGAUUUGCUGGUGAUGCAGAGCCACGGUGCGUGGUUCCUGUGGAUUUUGCAUGGCAAAGGGUGGCACAAACACCUUCCAAUUGUUUCCCUGUAAAUUCCAAUAAUGAUACCGAUGAUUCAAAUUAUGAUCCGGCCGCACAAGAAUACUCGCAGGACGCCAUGGAUUCGGACGAAGAAGACUUUGACGCAAUGUUUGAUGACACAACAAGAUUGCCUGAAGAGUACAGACACACAUUGUGGCGCGUACGCGAGGUGGGCGUCGUGCGGCCUACAGACUCAGAUGGGACUCAUGGCAUAGGCGCGUCUGGUGGAUCGUGGUACCGGACACAUCCACGGCGGCGGCUCGAGACUCUUCUGGAGACCCUAGUGCGGUACAUUUUCUCUCAAGAGCUCUUGGUCAACCCACGAUCUCAGCGUGUUGUUGUUGUGGAAAGCCCAUUGUGGCCAGCUGCUAUUAAACACUCAAUAGCAAAUGUUUUCCUUAAACAUCUGCGUACCGCUUCACUCGCGUUUUUCCCAGCCCCUGUGCUCUCGCUUGUGGCCGCAGGCGCCCGAUCCGGUGUCAUUGUUGAUAUUGGGUGGGAAGAAACAUGCGUUGCACCCGUUUGCGAUUUGCGAUUACUUUCGCCUGCCGUUGCUGCCACCUCACGUGCAUCUCGUCGUCUUCAUACACUUGUUUCCCAAACUCUUUGCGCCCACGCAAUUGUCGUCCCAAACCAACUCCCAGGCCCUCUCCCCCAAUGCGUCACUCCUGGACUCGUGUCUUUUGAUGCUGUGGAAUCUGUAAUUGCUCAAUGUUUGUAUGAACAUCACGAUACUCCGGUCGUCGCACCUACAAAAGCUCAGAAACAAGUUGCUGCACUCCAGUUUAUUCGCAUCAAUAAGGAUACCGUAAUUGCAAUCGAGGCUGCGCGUUUGCAACACGCUCUGACAUCUUGUUUUUUCGUAACCCCGCCAUCGAAUUCUCACAAACAACAACAAUCCACACUCUCUCCCACUCCCUCUACAGUCUCCUUUUUCUCUCAGCCUUCAUCUGUCUCAUACUCUCAAUCUCAAUCUCAAUUUCAAUCUCAAUCUCAAUCUCAAUCUCAGUCUGAGUCACAGUCUCAGUCACAGUCUCAGUCACAGUCUCAGUCACAACCACAACCACCAGCCAAGCGCUAUGAUGACCUCGAUGAUACCGACAUUGCGACAUUGGUCGCCCGCGUGCUGGCCGCGCUACCACUCGAUGCCAAAUCCUCCGCACAAUCUCACAUCGUCUUUACUGGCGCCGCCGCUUCUAUCCCAGGCCUGCGCUCACGUUUGCUCCAGGACCUUCGCAGAAAGGUCGCGCAUAUGGGCGCAGGCGCCAUGUCUCCACUCUACAUCUCAGGUUCGGACUCUUUCGGUGCUUGGACAGGUGCAAGCAUUUAUCUAUCUUCCCUUGGUUGGUUUUUCGCCCAAGAUGCAUCCGUUUCUUCUACAUCUGCACCUGUUGGUGGGCCCAAAAACAAACUUCCUGGGGAAAUGACUCGCGACGCGUAUCUCACUCAUGGCUACCACAAACUUAAUCCUCCAUAUGGGCUGGUUAUAUAA